CGUCUUCUCUUCCACACAGCCCAGGCGCUAGCGCCCAAACGGCGCACGAGACUUUGCGGGUUUCGGCGCCCACCAAUCUCGCCAGGCGACGACGCCGGAACCCUAGCCAGCCGCUACCCAUGCGGAUCGCCAUGGGGCGGCGCCAAUAGAGAGAGGAGGAGCGCUUUGUUGUUAGGUUGCAACCUGUGUAGGUUUAGGAGGGGAGGGGGCGAGAUGUCUGUGCGGAUCAAGGCGGUGGUGGACAGGUUCGUGAAGGAGCUGCAGGAGGCGCUGGACGCGGACAUCCAGGACCGCGUCAUGAAGGAGCGGGAGAUGCAGAGCUACAUCGAGGAGCGGGAGCGCGAGGUCGCCGAGAGGGAGGCCGCCUGGAAGGCCGAGCUCUCCCGGCGGGAGGCUGAGAUUGCACGGCAAGAGGCGAGGCUGAAGAUGGAGAAGGAGAACCUAGAGAAGGAAAAGAGCGUCCUCAUGGGAACCGCUUCCAACCAAGACAACCAAGACGGGGCCCUUGAGAUUACAGUCAGCGGAGAGAAGUAUAGGUGCCUCCGUUUCUCCAAGGCAAAGAAAUGAGGGGUGAACUAGGCGUGGAUGAGAUAACUGCGUACUGGAUUAGCAAGCCUUAUUUUGAUUCAAAUUGGAUUCUUUUGUACAGGAUGUUCUGAAAGUGUGUGUAAACAGAACAGCGGCAAUCCCUAUUAGUGCAUUAGUCAUUAGUGGCUAAUUUUGAAUUAAGGCUUUCCCUAUUUGCAUUAUGGGAAAUCUAGAAGAGCUGCAAUGGGUCUUAGCUGAUGGUAGCUGGUCUGUCGGCUGUCGUCGCCUGGUACAACGUACCAGCUAUGCUAAUAAGUCGUUAACCGCUAGACCAGCUCUGUGCUGGCUCUAUGAAUGUUCCAGUAUCAUUUCGCCAAAAAUUACUAUUUUUAGCACA